CUUUUUGGUGGCUUCUGCAUAUUUAUACGUAUGUAUCUGCUAAAUAAUCUUUGCCUCUCCUCCCUCUGCUGAGUUCUUCUUGAGGUUUUCGGCCAUGACGUUCGCCGUUCGGCUGCUAACCGCGCUAGCCCUUGCAUGGCUUGUUGUUUCUGAUUCGUGGUUGACAUCAGUUCAGGCCGAUUUCAAUUACAAGGACGCACUCUCUAAAUCUAUCCUCUUCCUCGAGGCACAGAGAUCGGGAAGGCUUCCUCCCGAUAACAGAAUCCCUUGGAGGGGGCCUUCUGGCCUCCAGGAUGGCAACCAUUCUAAUGUGGACCUUGUUGGCGGAUACUACGACGCAGGAGAUAACGUGAAGUACGGACUUCCUAUGGCGUUCACUGUGACCACCCUCGCGUGGGGAGCCCUUGCCUACGGAGCACAGCUUCAGCAGGCGGGGGAGCUGGAAAACGUCCGGUCAGCCAUCCGUUGGGGAACCGAUUAUUUCCUCAAGGCCUGCUCUCGACGCGAUCUCCUGUGGGUGCAGGUGGGUGACCCCGUGGCGGACCACCAGUGCUGGACAAGACCAGAGAACAUGAACACCCCACGGACGCUGUACAAUAUCGAUCAUAACACACCUGGAACAGAAAUCGCAGCGGAGACCGCGGCAGCUUUCGCCGCAUCGUCCAUAGUCUUCAGAAAGGCUGAUCAUCCCUACUCUCGCCGUCUUCUCAACAAAGCCAAAUUGCUGUUUAAGUUCGCAGUGGAGCACAAGGGGAGUUAUGAUGGCGAAUGUCCGUUCUACUGCUCGUUUUCAGGAUACAAUGAUGAGCUGUUAUGGGCGGCUUCAUGGCUGUACAUGGCCACCAAGAGGGAGGUCUAUCUAAAAUACAUUCAAGAUCAAGGCAUAACUGCAAGCGUGGAUGAGUUCAGCUGGGACCUCAAGUACGCGGGAGUCCAGGUUCUCCUGUCCAGCUUGUAUUUCGCAGGUGAGAAAAGCCUGGAGACCUACAAGUCACAGGCCGACAACUUCGUAUGCUCGGUCCUUCCGGACAGCCCCUACAGCAAGAUCUCUCUCUCCCCAGGCGGCUUAAUUCACAUCCGGGACGGGGCCAACACACAAUACGUCACGAGCACGGCUUACCUGCUCAGCGUUUACAGCGACAUCUUGACCAAAUACGGGCAAUCCGUCGACUGCGGUGGCCGCUCCUUCCAACCCUCCGACCUUAUGGCCUUCGCCAAAGGGCAGAUCGACUAUCUGCUGGGAAACAACCCGAAGGGCAUGUCCUACAUGGUAGGUUUCGGAGAGAAAUCGCCUCAGCAAGCGCACCAUCGGGGGGCGUCGGUGCCGGAGAUGAGCCCAGACAGCCUGGUGACCUGCGCCCUCAGCUUCACCAUGUGGUUCAAGAGGGAGGGACCCAACUUCCACGAGCUCACCGGCGCCAUCGUGGGAGGCCCCGACCGCUACGACAACUUUGAGGACCUGAGGUGGGACUCCACCAAGCUGGAGCCCACCACCUACAUCAACUCCCUCGCCGUCGGCGUCCUCGCCAAGCUGGCCGCACCCUGAUCCAUACUCUCAUCCCACGCCAAUUGCCAGCCCACUUAAUUCUAUCCCUUUCUUCUUAUAUAUAUAUAUAUCAUAGAGGAAGCAUGUUCGUCCCUUCUCUCGGACACCCGCGAGUGAUGGAACCGUUCCUUGUUUGACCAUCGAAAGCAAGAGUUUGCAUCAGCUAGCUGGCGGGAUGCUUGUUUUGUUCUAUAUGUAUCAUCUCUACAUUAGAGAGUCAACAACUACAGAAACUCGCCCACGCGCACCGGGGGUGGUUAAUUAAGUGAAGAGGCGAUACGGAAUUUAGUAGAAAGUGCGUCUAGCUUCUUCUUCUGUGACGAAAAAUGCUACACAUGAUUCUUCUUCCUUCCUUCUUGUUAUAAUUGUUCGCGUUUUGAAACACA